UAUGACGAUAAUCAGUAUGAAUGAGUAAGGGUUAUGGUUCUCCCAUCCAUGUGAAUUGGAGUUGUGCUGCUGAUUACUCCUGUUGCUGAAUUAGACGCUUUUUUCUGAUUGCACCAUGCAAAGUUGGAGAGAAGUGAGCAUCCCAGUGCCUUGGGGCCACAUAAGCGGAAAGUGGUGGGGCUCUGAGGGUCGGCGACCAAUUUUAGCCCUUCACGGAUGGCAGGAUAAUGCUGGCACCUUUGACAAAUUAGCUCCUCUGCUAGUCGCAAAUGGAUUUUCUGUAUUUGCCAUAGACUUUCCUGGCCACGGUCGUUCAUCUCAUUACCCAAAGGGACAAUUUUAUUACCUAUAUUGGGAUGGUAUCCUGCUCGUCAGACGAAUAGUUCGCCACUUUAAAUGGUCAAACGUGACACUGUUAGGUCACUCUCUAGGAGGAGCAAUCUCCCUCAUGUACGCUGGCGCUUAUCCUGAUAAUGUGGACAAGUUGGUGUCUAUCGAUAUCGCUGGUCCAGUGACUAAACCUGAAAAGCGCACAGUUGCUGACACAGCCUUCAUCUGUGAUAAGUUUUUGGACUACGAAAAUCUAAAUGAGAAAAGGCUGCCAGCGUACUCAAGGGACGACGUCGUAGACCUCGUCAUGGACGCUUACAAGGGCUCUCUGACCAAAGAGAGUUGUGAGAUUUUGAUGCAAAGAGGCACAAGAGAAGCAGAAGUUACUGGGGGCCUGCACUUUUGCAGGGAUGUGAGACUUAAGAUUGCUGGGCUGGCUCCAUUCUCCAGGGAGCUAGUCGUUGAAUUUGCCAAAGCGGUGCGAUGCGAAGUGCUCAACAUAAAGGGCAAACCUGGCAUGGUGUUUGACAAUGAAAACUUCUACGACGAGGUAAUCGAGUCCCUGCGUUCUGGAGCCAAACGACUAGAGCGGCAUGAGGUGGAGGGAACUCACCACCUGCACCUCAAUGACCCCAAUCAGAUGGCGCCUAUUGUGAUUGCCUUUCUCUCAGAGUUUGAUCCUCAGGAUGUGCCCAUCUAAACUGCGUCCAGGUUGCAAGUUCUUCUCAUUGGGAUCUCUUCCACAGAAAUCAAAGAUCCACUUCUUGGUUUUCUAGAUUCGUUACUUGUGAAAGAGUUGAUGUCAUUCUUCCUCAUUGUGAGUUACAUUUUUUUUUAUGUUAAGUAUCAUACUGGUUCUUCAAUUUUUUUUCUUAAACUGACCAAAGAGUGUAGGAAUAUAUGUAUAUAUAUAUAUAUAUUCAAGCUAUGUUGUUUUCAAAUUUAAUUUAUUGUAGCUGUACUGAUUGCCAGACGCGGAGUACUUUGUUAUUUUUAUUAAAAACGUUGCAGCAACUAGUUACAAGUUACAACACGCUCCAUUUUUAUUGAAAUACGAAACUGUGGUUGCUAUCAAGUUUUAAUUUUAUUAUUAGAUGUGCGGAUUUGAAAAGUUUUCUGUAACGAGACAUUUCGCUGCAAAAUGCGAUUACAAAUCUCCAGAGCUGGGCAUCUUCCUUGCCGUGGCUCUGAAAAAAACUGCAGCUCAAAACAGUUUUUUCAAGUAACUUUCCAAACAACCCAACUGUAUGUACAUUUAUAUUCCAAAGCGCUCCCUUGCCCUGCAAGGGACGCGACAAGAUGUUGAAUAGUUGUGACCAAAACAUGAAUAAACGCGGCCGUUCAGUGCCAUUCAGCGUGAAA